AUGGAGAAAGUCGACGUGCUCAUCUGUGGCAGUGGUUCCGCUGGCCUCUGCGCGGCCACCUGGCUGGCCCGGUACGGGAUCCGCUGCAAAGUGCUCGAACGCCGCGAGGGACCGAUGAAGAUGGGCCAAGCGGACGGGGUGCAAUGUCGCACGGUGGAAAUCUUCGAGAGCUUCGGGAUUGGCGAGGAGUUGUUGCGCGAGGCGUAUCAUGUUCUCGAGGUCAACUUUUGGGCUGACGAGGGGACGGGCGCGAUCAAGCGGACUGGUCGGACGGCAGAUACACAACCAGGUCUAUCGCAUCAGCCGCACGUUAUCUUGAAUCAGGCGCGCAUCAAUGGCUUGCUCAUUGAGCUGAUGCACAAGUAUAAUGACCAGCAGAUUGACUAUGGGUAUAAUGUCACUUCUGUGGAGGUGGAUAGUGCUGCGGCGGCGGAUCCGGAGUCGUACCCGGUCACGGUGACUGCAGAGAAGGAUGGAAAGAUUGAGACGUUUGCUGCGAAAUAUGCAUUGGCCUGUGACGGCGCCCACAGCAUCGUCCGGAAAGCUCUGGGAUACAAAAUGAUUGGCGACAGCACCGAUGCAGUCUGGGGUGUCAUGGACAUGAUCCCUCGCACGAACUUCCCGGACUUCCGGAAGAAGUCGACCAUCCGCUCCAAAGCAGGAAACAUCCUGAUCAUCCCUCGAGAAGGCGACAACAACAACUUGACCCGUUUCUACAUCGAGCUGGCCCCGGGCACCAACCCCAAGGAAGUCACCCUGGAGAAUCUCCAGCGCCAGGCAAAGGCCAUCCUGCAACCGUACCAGAUUGAAUUUGUCGAGACAGUGUGGUGGUCCGCAUACGCAAUUGGCCAGCGUCAUGCGGACUUCUUCCACAAGGAUUACCGCGUUUUCCUGGCCGGCGAUGCUUGUCACACCCACUCGCCUAAGGCCGGCCAGGGUAUGAACGUCAGCCUGCAGGACGGGUAUAACAUUGGCUGGAAACUUGGCGAGAUUCUGACCGGGUUGGCCGAUCCUUCUCUAUUGGAGACUUACGUGCUGGAGCGGAAGAAGACCGCCAUCGACCUGAUUACUUUCGACCGAUACUUCUCCAAGCUGUUCUCUUCCGGAGCUAACACAUCCCCUGCGGAGUUCCAAGAAGGAUUUAUCAAGUCCGGCAAGUAUACCGCUGGAUUGACGGCCAAAUACGAUGUUUCUCCUAUUACCACUGCCUUGGAGGGCACACAACUUGCCUCGAACGUUGUGGUUGGCAUGCGCCUGCCCAGCGCGCAGGUGGUGCGAUUCUGUGAUUCCAAGCCCUUGCAGCUGAUGACGGCACUCAAGUCGGAUGGUCGCUGGCGUAUUAUGGCUUUUGUGGGUGAUUUGGCUGUUGCAGGGAAUCGAGAGAAGCUAAACAAGCUUGGCGAAUAUCUAUCAUCCCCUGAUAGCCCCGUUCACACUUACACUCCCAAGUCCCAGGAUGUGGAUAGUCUGAUCGAGACCAUCGUGAUUGGUCACGGAAAGCGUCACGAUGUCGAGUUGGAGCAGAUUCCGGAAGUGUUCUACCCAGUCACCGGCAAGAACCAGACCAGAGAUAUUCACAAAAUUUACUACGACGACGAGAGCCACAACAAGGGCCACGGUCAUGCAUACGAGUAUCUCGGCAUCGACCCGAAACACGGAGCCUUGAUCAUUGUCCGCCCAGAUCAAUAUGUAUCUGCUGUGGUAGACAUCAACGACUAUACCCAAAUCGGCAAAUUCUUCGCUGGCUUCCUGAAACCCCAAGCGUAG